CCUGGAUGGGCAGAGAACAAGAAUUCGGGCAGUUUUCCAAGUGGCCGGUUUUCUGCUGUCUCUUCAGGGUCGCCACCUCCUCGGGUCGAGCCCAGAGACCCGGUUCUCCGCGCGGCGCGCUCCGGACGCCGAGGUUCCCAGUGGGGGCGGCGGGCGUCCUCCCCCGGCCCCCUCCCCUCGCGGCGCUUCGAGGUCUAAGCCUCCGCGCUUCUCCAUCAGGUGGAGCCGUGCUGCUCGCCGCCUCCCUCCUCUGCUCCCUCCUCGCCGCGAACUGCGCGCAGGCACCUUACAGCGCCAGGAGGUUAACCGAGACCCCGGAGGAGCUUCAGUGAAAGGAGCCCUUCUGUCACUCGUCACUCGCUCCCUGGCUCGCUCGCGCGCUGGCUGUGGGAGGAGCCGCCGGAGGAAGCUGUGUGCUUGGGAUGCCGAGCGCCAGAGGAUGGAGCUGCUCCGAGAGGGCACGUCGCUGACAAACCCGGCUUCCCGAGGCGGCUAGAAACAGGCGACUUGCCUCGGCUGGCUGCGGAUCCCCUGAGGCACGGAGCCCGAGGCCACCCGGAGGGACCGACGGACAGACAGAUGGUCGGCGCGAACCCGGGAGGACCGCGGCGGAGACAGGGCACCACGAGCCGCCGAGCAGGAGAAACUCACCGCGAACCCAAGUUGCCCCGCCGGCUUCCCCUCGGCGCGCGGAGGAAUGAGACCUUUCCAGCUCGACCUGCUGUUCGUCUGCUUCUUCCUCUUCAGCCAAGAGCUGGGGCUCCAGAAGAGAGGAUGCUGUCUGGUGCUGGGCUACAUGGCCAAGGACAAGUUUCGGAGAAUGAAUGAAGGUCAAGUGUACUCCUUCAGCCAGCAGCCCCAGGACCAGGCUGUGGUAUCGGGGCAGCCGGUGACACUGCUGUGCGCCAUCCCUGAAUACGAUGGCUUCGUUCUGUGGAUCAAAGACGGCUUGGCUCUGGGCGUGGGCAGGGACCUCUCAAGUUACCCACAGUACCUGGUGGUAGGGAACCACCUGUCAGGGGAACAUCACCUGAAGAUCCUGCGGGCAGAGCUGCAAGACGAUGCUGUGUACGAGUGCCAGGCCAUCCAGGCCGCCAUCCGGUCACGCCCCGCACGCCUCACCGUCCUAGUGCCACCUGACGACCCCGUCAUCCUGGGGGGGCCUGUCAUCAGCCUGCGGGCCGGGGACCCCCUCAACCUCACCUGCCAUGCAGACAACGCCAAGCCUGCAGCCUCCAUCAUCUGGCUGAGGAAGGGAGAGGUGAUCAAUGGAGCCACCUACUCCAAGACCCUGCUUCGCGACGGCAAGCGUGAGAGCAUUGUGAGUACCCUCUUCAUCUCCCCCGGCGACGUGGAGAACGGCCAGAGCAUCGUGUGCCGAGCCACCAACAAAGCCAUCCCCGGAGGAAAGGAGACCUCGGUCACCAUCGACAUCCAGCACCCCCCGCUUGUCAACCUGUCGGUGGAGCCACAGCCAGUGCUGGAGGACAACGUGGUCACGUUUCACUGCUCUGCAAAGGCCAACCCCGCCGUCACCCAGUACAGGUGGGCCAAGCGGGGCCAGAUCAUCAAGGAAGCCUCCGGGGAGGUGUACCGGACCACCGUGGACUACACGUACUUCUCCGAGCCCAUCUCCUGCGAGGCGACCAAUGCCCUAGGCAGCACCAACAUCAGCCGCAAUGUCGACGUCUAUUUCGGACCCAGAAUGACCACGGAACCCCAAUCCCUGCUCGUGGAUCUGGGCUCCGACGCCGUCUUCAGCUGCGCCUGGACAGGCAACCCGUCCCUGACCAUCGUCUGGAUGAAGCGGGGCUCUGGUGUGGUCCUGAGCAAUGAGAAGACCCUGACCCUCAAAACUGUCCGCCAGGAGGACGCGGGGAAGUACGUGUGCCGAGCUGUGGUGCCCCGGGUAGGGGCCGGGGAGCGAGAGGUGACCCUAACUGUCAAUGGACCCCCCAUCAUCUCCAGCACCCAGACCCAGCACGCCCUCCACGGGGAGAAGGGCCAAAUCAAGUGCUUCAUCCGGAGCACGCCGCCACCCGACCGCAUCGCCUGGUCCUGGAAGGAGAACGUGCUGGAGUCGGGGACGUCGGGCCGCUACACGGUGGAGACGGUCAGCACCGAGGAGGGCGUCAUCUCCACGCUGACCAUCAGCAGCAUCGUGCGGGCCGACUUCCAGACCAUCUACAACUGCACCGCCUGGAACAGCUUCGGCUCCGACACGGAGAUCAUCCGGCUCAAGGAGCAAGGUUCGGAAAUGAAGUCGGGAGCCGGGCUGGAAGCAGAGGCUGUGCCGAUGGCCGUCAUCAUCGGGGUGGCCGUAGGAGCUGGCGUGGCCUUCCUCGUCCUUCUGGCAACCAUUGUGGCCUUCUGCUGUGCCCGCUCCCAGAGAAAUCUCAAAGGUGUCGUGUCAGCCAGGAAUGACAUCCGGGUGGAGAUUGUCCACAAGGAGCCUGCCUCUGGCCGGGAGGCUGAGGAACAGCCCACCAUCAAGCAGCUGAUGAUGGACCGGGGUGAAUUCCAGCAAGACUCAGUCCUGAAGCAGCUGGAGGUGCUCAAAGAAGAGGAGAAGGAGUUUCAGAACCUGAAGGACCCUACCAAUGGCUACUACAGCGUCAACACCUUCAAGGAGCACCACUCGACCCCCGCCAUCUCGCUGUCCGGCUGCCAGCCGGACCUGCGCCCCGCGGGCAAGCAGCGAGUGCCCACGGGCAUGUCCUUCACCAACAUCUACAGCACGCUGAGCGGCCAGGGCCGCCUCUACGACUACGGGCAGAGGUUCGUGCUGGGCACGGGCAGCUCAUCCAUCGAGCUCUGUGAGCGGGAGUUCCAGCGGGGCUCGCUCAGCGACAGCAGCUCCUUCCUGGACACGCAGUGUGACAGCAGCGUCAGCAGCAGCGGCAAGCAGGACGGCUACGUGCAGUUCGAUAAGGCGAGCAAGGCCUCGGCCUCCUCCUCCCACCAUUCCCAGUCCUCUUCCCAGAACUCCGACCCCAGCCGGCCCCUGCAGCGGCGGAUGCAGACUCACGUCUGAGGAUCCCGGGCCGAGGGCGGGAGGGCCGGGGAGGGCGGGGCCUCGGCCUGGCUCUGCAGAGACUUUGCAGAGGACCCCGGAAGCAGCCGCCUCCACCACCCUCCUGGCAACCCCGAUCAAGCACAAAUGCGGGCCCAGCUGCCGGGCAUCGGGGCGUGGAGGUGGGGACGUGGUCAGAGGAUGCCGCUGAGCGCAGUGUGCUCCGUGCUGGCCGCCCUCGGCCCCCGGCCCUUUCCUGGCGGCCCCUCCUCUACCUGCCCCUCCCACAGGCUCCGGAGGCAGCUAUAACUCUGCUUUCAUGAAACUGCCGUCCACGCUCCGGGCUUCGGAGGAGCUCUGCCCCUUGCCGCCCGCAAGCCCUCCCCCGACUCCCACCGUGCCUGUGCUCCUGUACAGCCCCGGGGAGCAGGGCGUCAAGUGCUUGCCGGCACGGAGCUGCCCCAGAGACCUCAGCGCCCCCUGCCCCUCCUGGUCCAGACUCCAGAGGCUGAGAAGCCAGAACGGCCCUGGCUGACACACUGGCCCGGAGCCCACCCCCAGUUUGUUCGGUGUUUUGUGUCCAUACCCUUACAGUUCUGUCCUUGGACUGGAUGCCUCUCAACUCUGAGGUGGGACUGGCCCAAUCAGAGACUGGUGUUUGGGAGGGAGGGGGAGGGAAGGAGGGGGGAACGUGACACUCGGGGAUCCCUCGCCAGGCUGUGCGACUCAGAGCCUCCCCACGCGCCCCUGCUUCGUGUACUCCCCUCCUCCCCUCUGCACAUUCGGAGUCAAUAUAAGGAGUGUGAGCUUCUCUGGUCAGGGUUCUUUAAACAGCCGUUGGAGAGACUGUGUCCCAGGAUCUGUGGGGUUUGAGGGGACUAGGGGGCAGGCCUUUAAGGUGAUGAGACUCACCUUCUCAGCUGAGCCUAGAUUCACACAAGGAACCAUGGUCCUGUCCUCAGUAAGGCUCCUGGGGCAAGAGAGAAAGCAUAUCUGCACCUCACUCCUGCCUGCCACCUGAGAAUAAAGGUUAGGGGUCCUUCCUCCAACAGAUGCGUUCUACUCUUUUGUUCCUGCAGAGUCACAGCAAGACCCCAAGAGCUCAGAGGAUGCUUUGGGAACGCAGGGUUCCUUGCCCUGCUUUGAUUUGGUUUUCCCAGACAGUGGAGAGCUCUGGUCAUGGUGACAAUAGGACCUAUGGGCAGACUCCUCUCCUUGCAGAUGUGCCCAACCCAGAGGGCACACGAAACCAACCACCUGACUCACGCCAAAUACAGCUCAGGGGCAAAGGGGUCAGACUGCACAUUGGAGGGGUCCUUCUAGGCCUUUCUCUCAGCAAUAUUCUGCAAGGGCGGCUCCCUCCGUUGGGGGUUCAGGGGAGGAGGCCCUCUUCAAAGAGCCUGUGCCACCAGGCAGCCCAACGCUCUGAGACUCAAAUGAUGUUCUACGAAUGGCUCUGUUUGGGUGGAAAGCUUGACGUGGUGAUGGCAGACAGGCUGGGGUGGAUAAACAGGGCCAAGUUAGGAUGCUACCUCUGCAAGUAGGAUUCAGAUAGAACUCUGGAGAACCCACACUGUCCCAAAGGUUGGAGAUUCCUCCUCAGAUUAAGACCCUUCUCCUCCAACCUUCCCUGGGAGUCCUCACCCACCAUGGGAACCUUCAUCACAAAAGCCUGUGCUUCUUUCCUCCACUGAUGCCUUGGAUGGCCCCAACCCACAGAUGGUAUACAUAGCCUUAGCCUUCCUAGAGCCUCCACCCAGAGGAUGUUUCUGCUUCCACCAUAUUUCCUAUUGCUUCAAAACCCUCCACCUCCUUGGAUAUCUUCCUUUGCAGCACCCAAGCCUGAGGUAGUAGAAACUGAUGAGAAAUGUAAGUGUACAUCCCAGCCCCACAUCCUGCUCCUGGUACCAUUUCUGGCCCAGCACAGAUGCCUGUGGGCUCCAGGUUAAUCUUGACAAGUUCUCUUCCUUCCCAUACACGUUUUGCCUUUGCCAGCAAGGAGUAAGGCUCUAAGAUCAGAUGCAAAAUGCCUUGGUGUGCUAGAAUAAGGAAGAGGAUGCCCUAAGAGGAUCUGUCCAUUCAUUUCUCCUAGCCUUCCCCACCUUGGAGGUGGGCGGGACAUCUCCUUCCUAAGCCUCACCACAGCCUACCUUGCCCCUCACCCCCUGCCCACAUCCUCCCCCCGUCACACACAGCACUUAUAAUAGGAUGGAGGUACCCAUUCUUUCUUGGAACCCAAGGUUAUGGCACAGAAUAACCUGGAGAACAGGGAAGAAAUCUGAUCUCCUGGAGAACAGAACCCUCUUCUCCCUUGGGAGCCUCAGACACUCCCAGGGUGGGAACGUGGACAUCACGGAAGAUGGGGCUGCACAGUCAAGACUCGGCUACACGGGGCCCACUCCCUGAGCUCUCUCCGAGGCACAAACACAGCAAAGAAUUGCCGAAAGGGUAGGAGAUCACAAGUAAGGCCCUGGUGAAAGAGAUGAACAUAGGCAGGGGAAAUCAGUAGGCUCUGGUGGCCUCUGGACCGUUGAGGCACUGAGAAGGAUGCUGGACUGAGCAGUGUGCAUCCUUAAACCCCUCUGACUCCAUUUACUUCUCACGUAGGAGUGAGGGGACAAGAAAGCUGGUAAAGGGAAGUGUUAAAAAAAAAAAAAAUUAAGGCAGUGGGAGGCCCUGAAUUUCCUUGUAGGUGAUUUCAAGUUAACUGAAAUGAGUGCUUCACGUUUGUAAUCAUUUAAUUCUCACAAUUCUACCAAGUAUUACCAUUUUACAGACGAGGGAGUGAACUUAAAGAAGACCGGCCCAAGGUCACAGAGCUAACAAGUGACAGCACGAGAUGUAAACAUAUGAUUUCCUCUGUGAAAUGUUUCCAUUCUACAGUGCAAACCCAAGGCCACUUUCAUCCUAGAAUAAGAUGAAAACGGCCGACGCUGAAGGCCAUGAGCUGGGACCCACUCGGGGGCAGGCUGAGCAAGGACAGGCCACAGCUCCAGUAGGAAAACAGGACUGGCAUCCUCCACCGCCACUCCCCAAAUGACCUGGAAAGACCACAACUCCCUGGGAAAGCUCGUCUGUGUAUCAAAUCACCCCCACCCCUCCCAAGGCCAGGAUCCAGUUUUCUGAUAGCUUUACAAUUCGUUACUGGCUCCGAGUCACUGGAUGGGGGCCCAGUUUCUGACUCUCAGGCUCACUAUCAGUCUGGGAAGGCCAGGGUUAUUUCCAUCACGUCUUCAACUUUCAUGGAACAGGAAAUGGUCUCAUACAAAGCACUAGAGCACCACAGCAAAUCCACCUCUGAUGGAGACUACUGAAACAGUGCUCUAAAGGAAUAGGCCUUGAAGCUGCCUUUGAGCUUCCGGAGUAGAGAGGAACAGGGGGAAAUAACAGCAAAUGUGAAGCAGCCCUUGGGAGAUUUCUCAGAACAGGAGAAAAGAGCCAACAGGAAUUCUGCUUCUCGCUUCCUAUAUGGGGGCGGCAUACACGAGGCACCGUGGCCUUUGCUAUUACGGGAUCAGAACUGAAAUCGCCAGGUACACACUCCAGGAGUCCCAUCAGCCCUUCCCAGGUAUUGUACUCUGUUUAUGAUGGCGCCAGGAAAAAAAGACGAGGGGGAGUCCUGUGAUCAGUCUCUUCUCUAGUAAGUUUCCCUAUAAAAUCAACCCUUGAUUAAAAUAAAGGUAUAAAUAUUUAAAUAAAAACUAUCCUAAUUUGCAUAGAGAUUUUUAUUUAAAAUACCACUUGGGGUGCCUGCUUUAAAGAAACAUGAAUGUUUAGACAUAAACUGAUGACAUCUCAACUAAAUCUUGACGUUUACUUUCCCUUUAAAAAAGCCUUUUAGAAGCCUCUUAUGGAAGCUGUUUUUAGGAGCUGUAACCACAGGCCAGCUUCAGCAUUGAAACUACAAGUGAUCUCUAAGAGUCACUGAUAAAGCAUUCCCUUGCUCUGACAGUUACUUCUUACACCCAGUAAGGCUGUAAUCAUCUUUUCCCCAACCCGCUAUGUUUCCACCUUCCUAAUUAGGUCAUAAACUGGGAAAAAACAAGUAAGGAUUUGUUUUCCUGGAUGAAUCCACUUGUGUUUUAGGGAGAGGACCGCCCACUCUUGCCCUCUCUAACUGCUGUUCUUCCUGGAUCUGUCUCCUCUUUCUCUUUAUCGGCAAAGUCUUGGACAUACACGAAAGCUUUCGGACCACAGGCCCUGUGGUUUCAUGCCUACCCCAGCCCUCAUCUUUAAAAGGCCUUCUGUGAACACAUGCCAUUCACAGGAUCCAUUGUUGAGUUUUCCCAGGUGCCCAUAUCUGCCUGCCAUUCCAUGUUCCCAGAGCUCCUCUCUGGACCUCUGCUCGGCCCACCCACAGGGCCGGAACAGCCGCAAACCUCGGGCCAAAAGCCUCCCUUGAGCUCACUGAUCAGGGAGCCCCGGUCACACAAAGGAAUCUCCUUCCACUGCUUCUCAAUCUAUGACCCUUGGAAAUAUCUUGGAAUGCUACGAGAACAUUCAUAUAAUGCUCCUUAAUAGCUGUCUUCUUUGUGGUGAAUCUAAAGUAUUCAUGUUCAAAGACAAGGUAUGUGAAGUCUCAGGAAACAGGUCUUCUUAGGCAGAAGUGGGGUCUUAUUCAAUAGACCUUCUCUGAAAUCUACUCCCCAUUAUGCAAGAGGAAAAGUGCUACUCAGGAUAGGAGCUGAAUAUAGGGAUUCAUUCCCCCUGAAUGGAUUCAUCUCCCCUCAACUAGGCAAAGAAAAGUUCAAGGGGACUGAGCUCAAGAUACCACCGUCACCACCUUUGUAAAGAAAUUAAAGGGCCACAGCCUUGCUGCCCAAGGACUAGAAAACAAAUUCAUGACACUAAUGGGAGAAAUAUGGAAUGAAGAAGGCAUUAGAGAUAAAGUGAUACAGAUAAGGAUUCAGGACUUCUACAGCAGAAUUUUCAGAUGAGAAUUUCCUGAGUUUUAUUUAAAAGUUUCCCUAGCUCUCUUGCCAUGGAGGGCUGCAAGUGGAACGGAAAUCUACAGAGAAAAAGAACAGAACUGGAGAGAAUCUCCCUACCGGACUUGCCCUCUUGUGAUAUUUUUCCUCAGGAGAGAAACACAUUUUUAAGCAAGUGAAGACACUCCUUAAGUGUUAAAGUUGGUGAUGUACAUAAGUAGUGUUUUAGGAAACCUCAGAAUAACAGCUUAGUUCAGUAAUUCCAACUUCGACUCCCCUGGGGUGAUUUCUCUGAUUCACUCCGCCAGCUCCACCCUUCCAGUCUUGCAAGAUUCUCCAGGGGAAACAGCGCCUCUGUUGAGGGGUGCAGUACUUUCAACUGGUCUUCCCCGGGAACCUGAAAUCUGGCUCCCAAAGUUCAGUUUUCCUUAAAGACUUUUGUCAGAUCCUCUGUGCUGACCCUCCUAGACAGGACUGUGGUCUUCCCAACCUGCUCCCAGCAAUCCCUUUACUUUAAGAGGUGGAGCCCUCCAAUACAUUUGGGCUCCCCCCAAAUCUGACAUUUAAUGAGACCCAAGGUUCAUCUCCCCGCUUCAUUUCCCGGGUGCAGGAUCUCCACAAACUCUAACAAGAGAGGGAAGCUCCCUGAGGAAGAACUGGACAGGAAAACAGGCUAUACCUACUGACAUACACACACAUAGAUCCCUCCUCAAACUUUUAAGUUGGAAAGAUUUCCUGGAACCACGUCUGGUACAAAACCAUGGAAAUGCUCAAAACUAACAACAAAUAGUUUUCUGAAGCUAUAAUUAAGACAUCAAAACGGUCAGAUGGUUUAGCGGAGAGCUUACCAACCCUGAAGAUGUACUUCUCAACUUUAGUUUAGGAACCUACCCUGGUAUGCCGCAUGCCAUGGAAACGGGAUAAUGCCACCCAAGAAAUCCCUUUCUCCAAAAACCCCUAAGAGCAUCUGACUUCAACUUGAAAGCCACUGCCAGAGAGCAGUUUGAACUCACAGUUCUUUGUUGGAUUCUGCAAAGCCUGCAUUUGAGUCCUCUCACCAAUGUCUUAACCUUCCUCUCCUUAGCUUGUGGGUGACUUGAAGACAAAGACUUUUCUGUAAUUAGCCAUACCUGGGCGUACGUUUGGCUCUUCAGAUGGACCUCAGUUGUUCCAUAUGCUUUCCGGUAUUUUCCAUUAUGCAAGGUAGCUUUCCAAUCUAAUAUUUAUGUCAUACUUUACAGCCUACACAAUGUUCUUCCAGACAUAUUCCCACUAGAUCCUUAAAACUUCAUUGUGAGACAGGCAUGCGUAAUCACUAGUUUACAGUUUACGUGGCAGAGCACGGUUGUGUAUGCGCUUACACCUAACUGCCUCACGGACAGAACUGCUUCCGAGUUCAAACUUUUCGCAGGCUGGCCAGUCUCUGGGGUAAGGCAGUUGGAUGUAUUCAUGUCCUCGGAAAGUGUAAAUAAAACCCGAAGUGUUCAAAAUUAAGACACGCCA